AUGGCUUUUACGCAACGUCUUGCAAUUCAUUUUCGCGACAUACAGAAGAAUCCACCUCCUUUAUGUUAUGCAGAACCUGAAGACCCUGGUAAAAGCAUGAUGCAUUGGAUUGGCUGGAUUGAAGGACCACAAGACUCUCCUUAUGCUGGUGGCAAAUUUCGCUUGACAAUCGACUUUCCUGUCGAUUUUCCAUUUAAACCACCUGUGAUUCUAUUCAUCACAUCAGUUUUUCAUCCAAAUAUCAGUACAAAAGGUGAAAUCUGCUUGGAUAUACUUCAUUCUCAGUGGUCUCCAGCGUUAACCGUACGUGGCCUUCUGAUAUCGUUAUGUUCGCUGUUGACGGACCCAAAUCCAGAACAUGGACUUAACAGAAAUGCGCUGAAAUUGUAUCGAACAGAUCAAAAAAAGUAUUACGAAGCAGCGAGAGAAUGGACAAAGAGAUACGCUAUGGAGGAUAGUAAUUGA